AUGAACCAGGCAAAACUAGACGAUCCAUACCUGCCUGCCGAGGUGCCCUACUUUGGCAAAGAGGUGGUGAACCGCGUCUCUUUUCUUAGAGAGGACGCCGAGUUCAUCAGCAGCGCCGUUUUGCACACCUCCACCCGGUUCAUAUUUUACGAAAACGGCAACCCGCUUGUCAACAAAGCGAGAUCCGAGGGCAGGCUCGUGAUUCUCACCAACGGAACCGACCAGUUGGCCACCGUGCCAGACACUUCUGAGGCGGGCACGACCCACGGCUUGCUAGACAAUUCUGCCCAGUGGAAGACCGUGUUGGAGACCUGGGCGGCAGAAAACAAGGACCAUGCGCCCGCGUUGCGGGACUCGGGCAAGCCCAGCUUGCUUUUCCUCGGGCUCAAGGACGAGAGUGUAGGCUUGGACUUCCACCAGUUGAAGCUGUACGAGAAAGAAACGUAUUUGGACCACCAAGGGCGGUACUUUGGCAUUCCGUAUUUUGGCGUGGACGUGUCGAACGCGUCUGGGAUUUCCGAGUUGGUCAAGCAGCACAUUGUGCUGUCCACGCCUGCCGUGAACAAAGACGAUCUUGUAUACACGGAUUCCCGGAAACAUACCAUGGCCUUCACCAUGGAGGAGUCGGCACUUUUCAGCCACGGCAAAAUGUACUUCGACUGGCUUGGCCGCAACCGGUUCUGCCCCGGGUGUGGCUCCAAAGUCAUUGGCAUCCAUGCGGGAGGAAAGUUGAGAUGCACGAACGAUAACAAGAUCGCGCUGGGUGACGAGGAAAAGUACGAGUGUCCUGUCAAAAACACGCGGGUGUCCAACGUGUCGUUCCCUCGCACAGACGCCGUUGUCAUCACGGCAAUCGUUAACAGAGAGAAGACCAAGAUGCUACUCUCGUUGAGUAAACGUUACGCACACACGAAAAUGUACUCGUGCACAGCCGGGUUCAUGGAGCCCUCCGAAACUGUGGAGGUGGCCACGAGAAGAGAGAUUUGGGAGGAGACCGGUGUUGCGUGCUCGGACAUCCAGAUUCUCAUGACCCAGCCAUGGCCAUUCCCUGGAAACUUGAUGAUCGGGUGCGUGGCCACAGUGGAUUUCAAUGGCCUGAACGAGGUCAUCCAUCUUGGCCACGACCGAGAGCUCGCGGACGCCCGCUGGUUCGAUGUCUCCUUCGUGCGGAAAUUGAUCCACAACACUGCGGGAGACGAGAACCCAGAUGGAAUCGUCUUGCCUACCGAUGUGUCGAUCGCGUACACCUUGAUCAAGCAUGCCAUAGAAAAGACUGAGCUUAAGCUCUAG